UAUAAUAAAGUGGUCAAACAUUACAUAGAUUUGGGACGUAUUGUAACGAAUCUAAAUGAACGCAAGUAUUCAUCGAAUAUAGAGUUCUUUCGAGAUGUCUUAUUGAUGAUAAAUAACGCCGUUUUCUAUAAUAAUUGCGAUUCACCGGAGUAUAAGGCGUGCCAAUCGUUGGCCGUAUUCUUCGAGCAAUUGGUGGGCGAGUGUGGCAUUGAUUUGCGACGACUGUCCGUUCGGUCCAAACGCUGCUGAUGUCCAGAUGGGCUCAACCGGUAAACCGACGGCUAUUAUAAUUAUUUAAAUCUAUUAUAACUACCGUAACUUUUAAGCGCAUGUUUUUUAGUGAAUAAAUAACUGUAAUUUGGGAUCUUUUAACUGUUUUUAGGCAAAUAGUAAUAAAUCAUUUGUUUUAGUUAAACGUUAA